AUGAUUGUGAUUGAUGUACUCACCCUUUCCUUACCUUUGCCUCCUAGUUGCAAAGCUUCCGAAUUUUUGAGUCUUUUUACACACAGUUCUUCUGAUUUGAAAAUACAAAUUGAUUGCAUUAUAGAUGAAGCUCAAGGUGAUAAGCAGAAGGAGACUAUCAGGUCUAAAUGCACAACAUAUUUGAAUCGAUACGAACAAAUCAAGAAGUUCCUCAAGGAGGGCAAGGGCAAAAAACCUGUUAAGGAAGGCAAAGAUUCGAAAGACAGUGACUCGGACGAGGAUGCGGAUAAGAAAAAGCUUCAGGACAAGUUAUCGGGUGCAAUCGUAAUGGAAAAACCGAACAUCAAGUGGAGUGACAUUGCUGGUUUGGAAACAGCAAAAGAAGCACUCAAGGAAGCAGUCAUCCUACCAAUCAAGUUCCCUCAACUUUUUACUGGUAGGCAUUUGAAUGCUCAGCUGUGUGUUUAUUUCUACUUUGCUGUUCUACUACCAGUUAUUGCCUUUAUACUAACUGUGAUGAAGAUCCCCAGUUACGAUUCUGUUGGGUUUGAACUCUGGACGUUCAGUCUCCGAUAUUGA